AUGGCUUCUCUCGUCCAUGACACGUUCUAUGGCCAGGUCGUACGGUACUUCACCAAAGGCAGACUUUAUGGACACAUUGAGGACAAGCCCGAUUUCGAGCUGCCAUGGAAGCGCCUACCCACCGAGACGGCGUCUGAGUCGGAGGCGGAGAAGGUGUUAGAGGCUGAUUCGGACAACACUGCAGCAUCGACACCUCCAGCUACAGCUCUACCUGAGGAGAAGGCCGAGGACGACGCUUCUGGCGUUGGUAAAGACCUCGAGCUCCAGACGCCGGUUGGAAGGCAACCAAGUCGGGUCCUACAGCCUCAGAAGACUCCUGAUGGCGUUAUCCUCGUCGACUGGUACACCACAGACGACCCUGCAAAUCCUCAAAACUGGUCAAGCAAGAAAAAGUUUAUCGCCACCUUCAUCAUCAGUUGGUACACUUUUGGGGUCUACUCAUCCAGCGCAAUCAUUACACCAGCGCACCAGGAUAUCGAAGAGAAGUUCAAUGUGUCUUACGCUGAAGCUUCACUCGGCCUUGCCAUGUAUGUGAUCGGCUAUGGAAUUGGCCCCUUGCUAUGGUCUCCGCUUCAAGAGCUGCCUGUGCUCGGCCGCAACACCGUCUAUGUCAUCACUUACGCGCUCUUCGUCAUUCUCUCCGUCCCAACAGCCCUCGUAGAUAACUUUGCAGGUCUUGUCGUUCUGCGAUUCAUCACUGGCUUUCUCGGCUCUCCGUGUCUGGCCACAGGCGCCGCCUCAAUGAGCGACUUCUACGCAAUGUCACAUGUGCCCUUUGCUAUAAUAGCAUGGACUGCGAGUGCUUUUGCGGGUCCUGCCUUGGGACCUCUCAUCUCUGGAUUUGCGGUCCCGGCAGAGGGCUGGCGUUGGUCACUGUGGCCCAUCCUCUGGCUGAACGGCCCGAUACUUUUGGCAAUGAUCUUUUUUCUUCCAGAGUCGUAUAGCCCUACCGUGCUGUACCGCCGCGCCCAACGCCUUCGCAAGCGAACAGGCAACACAAACUUGGCCUCGCAGUCCGAAAUCGAUCAGAAGAACUUGACACCUGGGAAAAUUGUCCGGGAUGCACUGAUCAAGCCGUUUGAAAUCACGUUCAAGGACCCGGCGGUCUUCUUCAUCAAUCUGUACACCGCCUACGUCUACGGCAUCUACUACAGCUUCUUCGAAGCCUUUCCCCUAGCCUACAUCAACGUCUACCAUUUCAACAUCGGCGAAACCUCCCUUACCUUUGUCGCGCUCGCGGUCGGCUGCAUCAUCGCCGUCAUCGUCUUCACGUGCUUCCUCAAGUUCUACGCCCUGCCCCUCGCCGCGAAACAAGGUCCGGGCAAGCUCGAGGACAACCUCAUCCCGGCCCUCCUCAUGUCCAUGCUCCUCCCCGCCGGCAUGUUCUGGUGGGGCUGGACAUCGGGCAAUCCGGACAUUCACUGGAUUGUGGGAUUGAUUGGGGUGGUCAUGUUCACGUUCGGGGCGUUCAUACUGAUGCAGUGUAUCUUCGUGUACCUGCCGAUGACUUAUCCGAUGUACGCGGCGAGUCUGUUUGCGGCGAACGACUUCUUCAGGAGUGCGAUGGCGGGUGGGAGUAUUAUCUUUGCGCAUCCGUUGUAUCAGAACUUGGGGAUUGGAAGGGGGAUCAGUGUUAUGGCGGGGUUAGGGGUUGGGGGUGUGAUUGGUGUUUGGGCGUUGUGGUGGUUUGGGGAGAGGCUGAGGGCGAGGAGUAAGUUUGCGGUCAAGGGUGCGCCGGUGGCUCCGGUGGAGUGA